AUGGUUGCAAUAAAAAGCAAGGAAUUGAUAGACAAAAUAAAUCCAAAUUAUAAAAAUAAGACCAACAUCAAAUAUAUCUUAACUGAGGAGGUUGAUGACUUUGCAAAGGUCCUUUCAUAAUUUUUCCAUUCUGUCACUGGAGAGUACAUAGUUCUUUUUCAUUCAAAAACAAUUAAUAAGUAUGAUAGAAUUAGAGAAUAGGUUGUAGAAACAAGGACUUAUAAAUGUAAUGUGAUGGUAUCAGAACUUGAAAUACUAGAUGAUAAAGGAGAGAGACAACAAAAUCUUUAUCUGAUAGACUAAGAUUAUUCAAGAAGUCUUGAUUUGAUCCUAUUUUCAUUAGAUUUUAGACUAGAAGCUUCAAUUAUAAUCAGAAAGAUAUUUCUUGCCUAUAUUUUUAGUAUAUCUCGUGAAGUUAACAGAUACUCUGUUAUUAGCUAAAUAGUUAAGUAUGAAGAGAUUAACUUUAUGUAUGACUCCUAUGUCUAGAUAAGCCUUAAAAAUUACCAAGAUAUCUUUGUUUAGGACUCUAUUAUUUAACCUUAGCAAGAUCACAUUAAAUUUAUGCAUUAUAAUAGUUACCUUAACAAAAAAGACAUUAAGAUUUCUACCACAUAAUUUUCCAAACUUCUCAAUUGUAGCUAUGAUUAUUUAGGCUGUGAUGAGGCCACACUCGACAUCGUAAGAUAUCUAAUGAUCGAUUCAUUCUUGACUUACGAUGUCCUCUAUGAUAUUCAAAAACUAGAGUUUAUCAAUCAGAUUGAAUUAAUUCAUACUCAUCUGUACUAGCUGGAGCAUGCAAGGUCAAAUCCGGAGAAAUAUCCAUUAGUAUCUGUAUUAAUGUCUACCUAUAAUAGAGAUUACUAUUUAUUAGUAUCUGUGUAGCAUGUCCUUUAAUAGACAUAUGUUAAUUGGGAAUUGAUAAUUUCUGAUAAUGGUUCAAGCAAUCCAAUAACGCACUAAAUUCUUCAGUUGAUUCAGAGAAUUCCAAGAGUAAGAGUUUUAUAUCUUCAAUCCAAUCAAAAUUCAGUAUUUGCAUUAAAUUAUGCCUUGAAAUAGUCAAAAGGAGAGUAUAUUGCUAUACAAGAUGAUGAUGAUAUUAUGAUGCCUUUUAGAUUAGAAUACUAGAUCAAUUUUCUUAGAAACAAUCCAGAAUAUUAGGUCUGCGCAUCAGCUUACAUAGCUAUAACUGAAACAGGAAUCCCUAAGUAUUACACUAGAAAUUAUGACGAGACAUUUGCUGGGGAAAAGACUUUAUUUAUGAUUCUGAAUUCUUUAGCACAUAAUACAUUUGUAGUAAGAAUGACAGAUUAAAUGAAAAGGCACUUCAUUUAUGAUCAUUAAACUCCUUUUGACUUAUCACUUAGGUUUAUACUAUUAUCAUUACUUGAAAAUGAAGACUUUAGAUUCUUUAUUUUGCCAAGACAUGUAACAGGAAUUAGAGAUCACUCUCAAAAAAUGUCUCAUAAUAGCGAAUACUAUCACUUCUAAAAAUGGAUAUCACUUAAAUAAAUAGAGAUUUCAGAAAGACUAUUCCCAGAUAUUUUUGAGAAUGUUAGCUUCUAAUAGUAUACAUCAAACGUAAAUAAUGUAGAGUUCGAACCUGCUAAACUAUUGCAAUUUUCACGUAUUAUUGGCUGCAUUUGUCAUCAAGGGAACCUAUAAAAACUACUAACUCAUAUCGAAUAAUUAGAGGGCCUUGUUGAUAACUUCAUAAUUGUCUACAUUUUAAAUAGUUCUGAGAAUCAAAUUAUGUAAGAAAUUAAUGAUCAUCCAUUGUUUCAAAAUAAUCAUGCUAAAAAUACUAUGCAUAUUAUAAAUAUGACUGGUAAAGAAUUAAGCAAUUAUAUAGAAUUUGAAAUACCAAAAAUUUUUACUAACCUUUUAGAAGCUAAAAAUCUCUAGGAUCAUGACUAUAUUCUUCUAUCAAACACCUCUGAAUUUAUCAAUCCAUUUUAACUAAAGAGAUUCUAUCAGUUAAGCUAAGACUUUGGAAUAUUUGGAUUGAGAUACCUUUAAUCAGUUGAUAAGGAAGAUUAAAUAUACUAAAUGACAAAGAUAAUAUCCUAUCACUUAUUUAAGAACAUUGGAUAUAAAGCGAUUAGAGAAUAUGAAAUUGAUGAGAAUACUUUUAAGCUAGUGCCAAGAUUUGAAGAUAAACUCUAUACUCUAUUUAUUAAUGGAUAAUAUCUGAAUGUUUACACAAUGAAAGAUUCAGGAAUUUUUAUAGAUGAUUGCGAGAGUUUUAAGCAAAGCUUAGAUUCAAAUGAUAUUUAAAAGGAUAAUGCAUUGCUAACGCCCUCUGAGAAAAGAAAAUUUGAAAAUUUCUACAUCUCAUCACUGGCUAUUUUCUAACCUUAUUGUGGUAUCAAUAUCCAAAACUAAAUAGAUGACGAGAAAAGUGAACUUUGA